AUGUACUUGCACCUCGCCCCGUGUCGCCGCCGGCCGGGACGACGAGCCGCGCCCCGCUGCUCCGCGCAGGACAUCCUCCGGCGGUAUCGCGCCGCCUACCAGCGGCCGUGGCCUCGGCCCCUCCGCUUCAACGGGGACGCGAGGGACUUUUGGCAGGUCAUCGUCACGGAAGCCAUCGGGAGCGACGACCCGGCGAUAUUUGAAGACAUUUACAGAUACUACGAGAAGAGCGAGGCGUGGAUGGUCGCCCCCGGCGCCCCCGAGGCCAUCCAGCGGCUGAAAGACGCGGGUCUCAAGCUGGCGGUGGUGUCCAACUUCGACACCCGCCUGGGCAAGAUCCUAGAAACAGUCGGACUCGCCAACUACUUCGACACCGUCGUGUGCUCCGCGGAGGUCGAGGCGGAGAAGCCGUCGCCGUUGAUUUUCCAGGAGGCGCUGCGGCGGCUCGGGUGCGAGCCCGAGGAGGUGAUUCACAUCGGCGACGACCGGCGCAACGACCUGUGGGGCGCGCGCGGCGCAGGCAUCGCGUGCCUCCUGUACGGCACGGACGCCCGCACGUUCAACGACGUCGCGGACCACAUCCUCAGCGGCCGCCCCCCCGGCGACCGCAACCUGAACUAG